UCGUUACCGUGUUCGAACUCGAAGCCCAGCCCGGAUCUGAACUCCUCUUCUUCCCCGUUUUCUUUCUCUCUUCCCUUUCCCCUUCCUUUCCACUCACUACCCGUAACCACCACACACAACCCUCCCUUCAAAUUCCAACAAACUCAACCACUCACUCACUCACUCUCUCUCAGAUCACACAAAACACAUGCUUCAAAACUCAACGUUCCUCACUCUCUUCCGCUUCUGCAUUUAGCAAUCUCUAACUACCUCCUACACUCACACAUUCCACGCCGCGCAAAACUCGGAAAACCGUUUCACGGAGGCUAAUUUCGUCAAUGUCAUUUUUCCGGCGGCAUUGAUGGCGGCGAGUUCUAGAGGCUUCUCGACGGCGCAGUUCGAUUUCAAGCUCAGAGCAAGGCGCCUCAAUGUCGUCGCUGCUUCUCUGCUGCUACCUAGCAACCACGUGCUCGUCGAAUCGUCGUGCUCGAGGAGGAAGCGGAGGAAGACGUGCUUCUUCGACGUUGAUCGAGCUCGACUACGAUGCUGCUGUUCCGACUCGGUCACUCCGAUUCGCAGAGCGAGUGGAGCUGGCAACGGCGGUGAUAGGAGCGAGGAGUGGAGGUUGGAUCCGAAGAAAAACCCUCACAUUCAUAGAAUGAGGGUUCAGGCUUCUCCUGCUGCAAUGCCUUUCGCUUCUCCACCAUCCUUCCUGAAGCAGGAAAAAUUCUAUCCUCGUUGCACGCCAAGAAAUUCUGGUCCACAGUCACGUGAUACCCCACCAAAAAGAGACACGGGUAUAGCAAAUGAGAAGGACUGGGGUAUCAGCUUGUUAAAUGAAAAUGUUAACGAGUCCGGCACUAAUGAAGAUGGGAGUACCUGGUACAGAGAAAAUGGGGAAGAGCUGGGUGAAAAUGGAUAUAGAUGUAGAUGGACAAGAAUGGGUGGUCAAUCCCAUGAUGGUUCCUCAGAAUGGAAAGAAACGUGGUGGGAGAAGAGUGACUGGACGGGAUAUAAGGAGCUAGGUGUUGAGAAAUCUGGUAGAAAUUCUGAGGGGGAUUCUUGGUGGGAAACAUGGCAAGAAAAUCUUCAGCAAGAUGAAUGGAGUAACAUAGCAAGAAUAGAAAGAAGCGCACAAAAGCAAGCAAAAUCUGGAACUGAAAAUGCUGGAUGGUAUGAGAAAUGGUGGGAAAAAUAUGAUGCUAAAGGGUGGACUGAAAAAGGGGCACAUAAGUAUGGUAGACUGAAUGAACAAUCAUGGUGGGAGAAGUGGGGCGAGCAUUAUGAUGGAAGAGAAUCUGUUCUCAAAUGGACAGAUAAGUGGGCUGAAACUGAGCUUGGAACAAAAUGGGGAGACAAGUGGGAGGAGAGGUUUUUCAAAGGCAUAGGUUCGCGUCAUGGGGAAACAUGGCAUGUAUCUCCAAGCAGUGAACGUUGGUCAAGAACUUGGGGAGAAGAGCAUUUCGGAAAUGGGAAAGUCCAUAAAUAUGGAAAUAGCACAACUGGUGAGAGCUGGGAUAUAGUUGUAGAUGAGGAAACUUAUUACGAGGCGGAACCUCAUUAUGGAUGGGCAGAUGUGGUGGGUGAUUCAAGCCAAUUACUCUCAAUUGAGCCUCGCGAGAGGCCGCCUGGUGUCUUCCCCAAUCUAGACUUCGGUUCACCUCCCUCCCCCGAAGCUGAUAAUUCACCGGAUGAUGAUUUUCCCCGUCACAAUGAAGAUCUGACUUAAGUGCUCCAUUGCUUAUUCUGUUCAAUUAUAGAGAGCUCCUAUCACAAGAGGAACUCCAUUUGUAAAAGACAUGUUGUAGAAUGUAGAUCAAUCAUUUUAUUCAUUCUUUCCAUCCUUUUGAUAUUCUCAUUAUUUCUCGUA